AUGAAAAUUAUAAUCAUUUUAUUACUGUCAAUUAAAAAAACAUUAUCUGAACUUAAUUCUACUAAUAACAUCGACAAAGGACUUAUAGCUAAUGGUGAAAUAUAUGAUCCUUCCGAAUUUCCAUACGUAGUGACUAUACAUUCAUAUUCUCCGGACUUGAAGACUUAUUCGCUUUGUACCGGCACAUUGAUAAAAGAAUUGUACGUAUUGACCGCUGCCCAUUGUGUCCACGGAAAAAGCAUACGUUUAAUAAAAGUAUAUCAAGGAUCAGCUAUAAGAAAUAAUUUUUUUCGAAAUGUUAAAGUGGCUUACAUACACAAAACUUAUGACCCAGAAUCAAAGAUUGUAAGAGGAGACAUUAGUUUGUUUAAACUAGAUGGCUCAUUCCCGAAUGUAAAUAAAUAUAUAGAUAUUGGUGGCAAGCCUGAAGAAUUUGCCAAUCAUACGGCCUUGACAUGUACAUGUAUUGGAUUUGGUAGGACAGAUAGUUCUGGUGGUGAGGGCGACAUAGGAUACAUGAUAAAAACUAAAAUUAGACAUGGUCAAUUUGAUUGUAAAAUGUACCAAAGUUUUAUAAUAAAAGACACAUGGCCACAAUAUUUGUGUUCAGAACCGACGACACCGAAUUACAUAAAAAUGUCCUGUGUGGGAGACAGCGGUGGUCCAGUUAUUUGCAACAACAAGCUUUAUGGAGUAUGUAGUUUUUAUUUAAACUACAAUAGAAGUGAUUUGGCAUGUGGAGUACCUUACAUGCAGGAUGUGCAGACGUUCGUAAAUUAUUUUUCAACAUGGAUAAAUGAUACAAUGUACCCGGAGAGAAAAAAGAAAAGAGAAGAAGACAAGAAAAAGGAAGAGGAGAAAAAAGAAGAAGAGGAAAAGGAAAAGAAGAAAAAGAAAAAGAAGAAAAAGAAAAAAAAGAAAGAGAAAAAAAAUUAUGGGAAUUUGAUUAAACCACACCAUUUAUUCCUCACAUCUUUAACGAUAUUAUUAUAUUGUAUACCUGUAUUUGUGGAUAUUGAUGGUUCUGGCCGUAUAUAA